AUGGAAAGCACGCAUGUGAAAGUGCUCCAGCUGUUUGACAUGCCCGCGGUACAGUACACAAGUCUCGCACCCAUACAGGAGAGAGGUGAAGACAACAGCUCUGUGAACUAUCAGCUUCGUAGAGACGCAAAUGUUAUGGUGAUUGUGCACCUCUGUGCCCCCGCCCCUAGGCCCCUAACGCUUGGCUUGCUUUGCUGAUCCUGGAUGUGGCUUCCCUCGUUUGAGAUGAUGCUGCCCAGGUACUUGAAGCUGUCGACAUUUGCCAGCGGCGUGUCGUUGGUGCUAAUGUUUGGCCCCACUGGUGGUGUUUGGAGUAGGCUGGUGCAGUACCUCGGUCUUGCUGAGGCUGAUAGUCAGCCCGAAGGCCUUCGACGCCUCCUAGAUUUGUUGAUCUGCAGUUUGCUGUCCUUGUUUGCGAGAAGGGCACAAUCUUCCGCAAAUAGGGCUUCUUGAAUCAGUUGGUGCCAGCACUUUGUCUUUGCGUUCAGAUGCUGGAGAUCAAAAAGGGAGAAAUCCAGGCGGUAUCUGAUAUCCUCCAUGUCCUGUACAGCAUGUGCCAGCAUGCACUUGGAGAAGAGGUUAACAGGUCUGGGGCUGCAGUCGGACUUGCUCCCGUUAUUCUUGUGGAAAGAAACGAUGAUACCAUCCCGAAAGUCUUCAAGCAUGACAUCCUCGCUCCUAUACUUUGCAGAACAAAGCCUCUAGUGCGUUGCGGCCCCCAGCUUUGAAAAUCUCAGCUGGGAUACUGUCUAUUCCUAACGUUCUGUUGGAUUUCAUGGCGGAGAUAAAUAUUUGGAGGCUGAUCAAGUCCCUCAACGACAGGUUGUUGCGGGAUCUGCUGGAGAGUCGCUUUUUCAACUGUGGAAGGCCUCUUGAGUUAUGUCGAGCAGCGUACAGCCCAGCGACCUCUGAGUCCUUCCUGGUCUUUGAUCAAGUUCGAUCUGUCAGAAGACAGCAGGGAGGAGCACCCUGA